CAUUUUCACUGUGAGUGUGUGUGUCUGUGUAUAUGUGUGUGUGCGAGUGUUUUGUAGGGGGGCCUGUUCCAUCUGCAAGCCCAGCGGAUUUGUGUUAUGAUCACAACUUAGUUUGAUAGCAGUCCAACACCGCCGCGCCACACUUCUGGAUCCCUUCUGAGCGCGCACGGCUCGGCGUAAAACCUUUUCUCUCUGAUUGAAAGAUCUUUUUUUGGUGCUCAGCUCGUUUCUCUCUGUCCGAAAGCGACGGGAUAUGUCGAGAGGUGGAGGCGUUUCUCCUUCCACCCGAAGCUCCCCCAACUUUGGAGCCCGCUGACACGCUAUGUCAUGAAGGUAAGCGGGGGGAAAGUAGCGUCUGCGAAUCGUAUUUUGAGGGGAUUUAUCUCUGCUUUUCUUUUAGUCGAGGGUUCAACUUUUAAAGUGAGAAACAACGCUGAGUCACGGUCCCGUACUUCUCUCGAUCGUCCCAUUUGACGCAACGUGAAUGAUAAUGGACCGAGCAGACCGUCCCAGUUCGGGACAGAGGGAGAGAGAGAGGACAUGUCAAGAGAAAAGAAGUUAAAUCAGGACGUAUGCUGUCACACACAGCUGAUAAAUCUUCACACAUCUGUAGGACAGACACAACACAUACCUUACAGAGCCUGUAGCCUAUAGAAGGCCUGAUCUGGGAACAGUUUAGACUUUGCUUCCUAUAGAAAAAACAGGGUAGGGAAAUGAAAUGUGGGCUCAGUUUACACUCGGCUGGAUUUCUGGGACAAAAAAAAAAGUUUAAGAAAGGAAUUGAGUGACAGAUCAUGUUAAUACUUUGGUGAAUUUAAGAGCAGAGUGACAUUAUGUCAAGGUCAUUGUUGUUUUUUUGUCUAAGGAAAGAGAGUGAGGUUGUAUAAUGGACAAAAGGGGCAUUUAGGCCUGUUGUAGAAAGGAGGGGGUGUUGCCUCCUUAUUACAGAAUCAUUCAGACUCAAGUGAAAGUAAUUACGUCUUCUCUAAAAUUAAUUUAGGUCAUUAUGAGUUUGAUCACAACUGGAAUGAAGAUUGGCUUACAAAUCUGCCUGCAGGGACAGAAUAAUUACCAGACUCUGACGUCUUUUACAUUGACACCCUUUCCCCCACUUUAACAACUUUAAUCUGAAAGGAAAUAACCGGAAGAGUACAGUUUUCACCUACUGUCUUUGUUAUUCCUCACCAGCCUAAUAAUCCCCAGGAACCAGGAGGCAGGAGAUAAUGGGAUUGGAUGGUGAAGUGGGCCAGCAUUGGUCACCACUUGAGAUUUAACCUGCGGCCAGCUGGGCCACAAACAUUUUGUCUCUGGUCGCCACUUAACAAUCUAUUUCCAGCAUGAAGCUCACUCAUAGUAUGACAGAUACAGCAGUCCAGUUUGAUGCUGUCACCCUUUAUGUAUGGUAUCCUCAUGAGAGCCUGAUGACGCCUGUAAAGAUAGAAGACUCAGGUGUGAGUCAAGGACAACUAAAUAUUUUAUCACAAAGGGAAAUACUCCUGGAUGUACAGAACCUGGAUGAACCCAUUAAUGUCGCCUAGAGGUUUCUUAAAACUUAAAAUCUAGCAUUUAAUUCAGAAAAUCAACGCCCUGAAUGAUUUUGAAGUGUCAACUGCAAAUGCAAAUGAGGUUAUUUACGAAAGCGGGCGUCGCAGUUAUAUCAGUGUAAAAUCAAUGCAAAACACACACUGUGUUUCAGUAUGUAAAGCUAUCAGCAUCGGCAGCCAUCUGUAGGUCUUAAAACCCUGCCUUCGUUGGCCAAAACAGAGACACCAACCACUUUCUCUCACCCCCCUGUUUAAAAUUUUGCAAAUGCUCACUCAUGACACAGCCCUUGACUCUUAAGUGAAGAGAUUGAUCGUGCGUGUUCAUGCAUCCCAGUUCUGAAUACAUGAGACAGAUCUGGGAGUGGAGAGUUAUCGGUUUGACUGACUCACUGCCCUGACUGCAUAACAAGUGCAACUGUACUGUCCAGAGCAAAGUGCGAUUCUCCUGUAUGGUGUUUCAGAAGGUAAACUAAAAACACACCAGGCUAUAAAUGUAUCUGAGAGACUGGUUUGGGGUUGUUAGUCCUGGAAUACUUUCGCUGCUGAAGUGAUGUAAUCAGGUCAGAAAAACAGGAGAGGUGCAGCCUCCUCUCCUCCUAGAGUUUCUGUUAUCACUGCAAGGGAAAAACCUAGUCCCUCGGCCUGAGACUCAUCUUUUUGUAAUAAACCAGGAAAUUUAUUAGAUGAAUUAGGAAUGAGACACCAAGCUGCAGGCUCAUUAGGAACACGGAUAUCUUUGAGGAAAAGCGAGCCCAGGUGUUGUGUUUCUUUUUUCUCAAAGGUGCUGAGUUGUUCCUCUUUCCUUCCAAACAAAAAACAGCAUCAGGAGAUCUGUGAGAGUUGAUUUGUAGUUAUCGUAGGUAAACAUGCACCGAUAAAUCGUCCGGGAUCGGUAAUCGGCUCAUCCUUACACAUGAAACCAAUUUUAUCCACCGAUCUUAUCUACCUCAGCAAAAGUCUGAAAGUCAGCUGUUGUAGCUUUUUGCCCACCAGGUCACAUGUGCACGUACGCAUGCGCCAGCAGCACGCAACAAUCAUCUGGAGCAUGAUCAACCGAGCGUGUUGAACCCACUACAAGGAAACCUAAAUCUCAGGACAGUUUAUUGGUGGUUUAAGUUGUGUCGUCAGUUUUUCCUGUAGAUUAUUAUUUUUCUAACUUCCUCAAACCUUGUGAUUUCCUUUAUCUGUAAAAGCAAAAUACUGCUGUGCACUUUAUUUUGGUAAGAGGCUCAAAACAGGCCUGACCUGUUGUGCUAGUAUUGUUAAUUUUUAAGAUGUGGAAAAUAAAAGACUAAAAGAACUGAUAUGAUUUAGUUGUUUGGACAGCAAUAUUCUAAACUUUUCAUUUAUACUUGAGAGAACGACCUCAUGUGCAGUUAAACACAAAAGUUUGUUUUGUUUCACAAGUAUUGUUCAGUAUUUUCAUUGAAAUAAAAUUGGAUAUCUGAUAUCGGCAGGUCAAGCUUUUAAAGAUUGGUAAUCGGACAGAAUUGUGCACUCCUAAUCAUGGGACAAUAUGAAUGUCUGUUUCAUAUUUAAUGUAAGAGCAUGAACAUGAUCUGAUAUAUUUAAUUUUGUGUGUUUUUACAGAAAGGACGAACUUGUGGACGUCACUGAAGUUGCCAACAGGGGGACGACUCGAUUGCAUUUCCCACUGAACUCAUCUCUAACGUGUCACCUUGCUGGGGGGCUAACACAGUGGGCUGGCCUGCUGUUUGAAUGUCUUUUUGCUGCUUGUGAAACCCCACUGCCAUCAUGCAGACCUCAUCGCUCCGCCGCCAGAUGAAAAACAUGGUCAACAACUAUACGGAGGCCGAGAUCAAAGUCCGAGAGGCCACCUCCAACGAUCCCUGGGGUCCUCCCAGCUCGCUUAUGUCUGAAAUCGCAGAUCUGACCUUUAACGUUAUGGCUUUCACCGAGGUUAUGGGUAUGAUCUGGAAGCGGCUGAACGACCACGGUAAAAACUGGCGGCAUGUUUAUAAGGCAAUGACCCUGCUGGAUUACCUGAUCAAAACAGGCUCUGAGCGGGUCGCCAAGGAGUGCCGGGAGAACAUAUACACCAUCCAGACACUCAGAGACUUCCAGUACAUAGAUAGAGACGGGCGUGACCAAGGCAUCAACGUCAGAGAGAAGGCUAAGCAGCUGGUCGCUCUGCUCAAAGACGAGGAAAAGCUGAAGAAGGAGAGGAGCCAGGCCCUGAAGACCAAGACGCGCAUGGCGGGUGUCCCCACCAGUUUAGGCUCUGGAUCCCUGCCUCCCCCUUACCCUGGGCGUCGCACCAGCCAGCCCAGCUCAGGGGGCAUGUACGCGGAUGAGUUUGGCAGGUGCAGAAGCUCGCCAUCCUCCUUUCACUGUGAGUAGCAGAAACAUCCACAGUUUCCGUACAGCAGCUCCACUCAUUCCUAAUGUAUGCAGUGAACAAGUUUCCAUAUGUCUGCUGCAUAUUUUCUCAGCGUUUGAUUAGCAGAUUGUAAGGAAUGUGCACAUGACAGUCCACGUGUUUGUCAGAUAGAUUCAAAUCUGAUUUUGUGGAUGAUGAAUGUAACUGAGUAACAGCAUUCCUGCUUUUCUUCACCAAAGAUCUAUCAUCCAAUGACAGGACAGAGAUUCAAGGAGGUGCUGCGAGUUAAAAAUUAUCUUUCAGCCUAGAUUUAUUUUUGGGUUUUUCCUUUGAAUUAUCGCAGUGGUAGGUCAGGAUUCAGCUCUCAAUAGAUAUCAAUCAUCGGAUAUUUUUUUGGGGGGGGACGGCAGAGUUUCAGUUUUGUUCUGACAUCUGCAUUCCUCUCAUUCUCCUGUUUACAGUCACGUCAGCUAAACUGGAUUUACAAAAGAGAGGAGGCCCUCUGUGUGCUUGUCUCGAAUGUGAAAGGAUACCGCGUUUACUCGUGCUGAUACCAUCUGUUUCACAAGUGCGACGCUCCUACUCAGGGGGUUAAAAACUCUGAUGUCUUUGACUCAUUCAAACUUGGUUGAUAUUGCGGAAAGCAUCAUGUAGCUGUAGGUGGCAUUUGUAAACGUGGUUUGUCUGGUGUGUACCUCGUAAUCAUGUUUCUUUUCUUUUGUGGUCUGUGCGCCAGCUAUUUUGUCAGACUUUGAUGUCUGGCUCCCGUUUUAAUGGCAUAAAGACAGACAUCUGACUGUUUUAUUACCCUUAAUUUAUCAAAAGGCUUUUAUCUUCAAUACUUUUUCCACUUGAAACACAUUCCUUACACAUUUUUCAAGGCCAGAGGAAACAUGUGGCAGAAACAGCCUCAGCCCUACAAGCCCUGGGCGUGCGGUUAAGCUAAGAAACAAAAACAGUAUAGUUUAUGUAUGAAAGGAAAACCAUGUUCAUCUGAUAACACCACAAAUUGUAAAGUGUGAAGCCUCAGUUUAUCAGACACAGGCUGGCUUUCAUGGUGGGUGAGUGUGACUGUUUCACACUCUGUCAGUGUCAGUCAUAGUGGGAAAUUUCAAUCACAGACUGCAUUCGAAAUUAUACUUGAUAUUUGUUUGAGUUUGUCAGUAUGAGAAAUAUUCAUCUGCCUAUUGUUGGGGUAAAAAACAGCUCAGUUUCCUGUUCUGCUACAUUGGUUUUAAAGAUGAAACAGUGGUCUCCAGGAGACUCCAGGAUGCUGGCACCCAGUUUUGGACUAAAUGUUGAUUUAAGUCAGGAGCCUGGCAGCAGCUACUUGCCAACAAGCAUUCCAGCUCAGACAGGCAGGGAAUAUUUAGGAGCUGAAUAGUAAAAAUGAUCGCUUUCGUAGACCUGGUGUCGCCCAACAUGUGACCCAACAGCCUCUCUUUAGGGGCAUGACCCACAGCCUGGCACCCCGGUUAGCUCAGUGCUGGAACCCACCAAGACGACUCAGGGUAAUAAGAUGGGCCCCACUCCAACCCGUCCAUUCCUCUCCCCCUCCACCACCCUAACUCUCCACACAGGCGCACCAUUGUUCUCAGUGCAGGCAGACCAUGGCGAGCAAUGCCAGCAAAGGCCCUUCAUAACGUGCCAUGGAAAAAAAAUUAACAUGCAAAACAUGGCCGGCUCUUUUCUGACCUUAAAGAUCAUCUUAAAGUGUUGUGUUCCUACCUUUGUUUGAAAUCUCACCACGUUUCUAUCAAUCAGUGUGUCUGUCUACACCCCUGUUUAACACCACAUCCCAUCUGCUCCCUCCUCUCGUCCCCGCAGCUUCCACUUCUUCACCUCGGUUUGCCCCGGACCUUGAGCAAGCUCGGCCCUCGACCAGCGGAGAAGAAGAGCUGCAGCUGGCCUUGGCUCUGGCCAUGAGCCGAGAAGAAAGUGAAAAGGUACGUCUAGCUAAGAUAACACACACACAAACACACACGCUCAUUCCCAGACCUCUCACGCGCCUGACAGAAAGAGGCUUCAUAGCCCCCCUGCUGCUGACAUGUUUUCUUGUUAUAAAACAUUUAAUGGCUCCGGCUUCCAAGCUUGAUCACUGUCAGUAAAGGUGGUAAAAAAAAAUAAAUCUACUGCCUGUGUCUGCUGGGCCACUAUUUCCCAGAAGCUUCAAGUGAAAGUGAUAUCAUCAACUCUGUCCGCGAUGUGGUCAUUAAUGGCACUUUGACCAAUCAGUGUCAAAGGGGGGCUUUCUCACUGAAGAGUGAGGAGAUUGUGAGUGAAAGAGUGAGAAGCCAGACAGGAAGUGCGCAUUGAUCCACUCCUAAGUAUCCACAGCACGCCCUCGUCUCCACAGCAAGGGCAGCUGUUGCCCUCUUUGACUGCUACUCCACGACCAUGGUGAUAAAUUCAGAUGUGCAGCAGCUGUGAUUUUAAUCAAAUUGAAAUCUGUACAUUGAUCUGUGUGAAACUCUCCUCCAAAUCACCUCAAAUCAGAACAUUUCUUUGAAAAUUUGCAAGCAGUGAUACUUUCCCUUUGAUCAGACUCACUUCUAAUCCUUCCUGCUUGACCCUAGCCGCCUCCUGCAGUGGAUAUCGACGAACAGACCCAGCUCCAGAUUGCUAUGACGCUCAGCAAGGAGGAGGCCCAGAAGGUACAAGUAUCCUGGGUUCAGCGAGGACACCAUUAUUGCAUCAUUUGGCCUACGGCACCUGUCCUGUUGUUCUUUACACUGAAACCAACUUCGCAUCGUAGUGUGGGGCCUCUCUGAAAACCAACUGCAUGUACUAAUCACUUUCCUCCCUCACUCCUCAACAGCUAAAGGACAUGUAACUUUCUCCAGUGACUAAUCAAACGAGGCUUCAAGUUUCUGUUCCACUAACCAUUAGAUUUCUCCUCUUUUAGUUUGAUACACCCACAACAAACACUCACCCUCUCUGGUGUGGUGUCAGGGAACAGCAGCGAGUUUAACACCUUCACUCUAACUCGGCACACCUUGUGUAUCGCAUGCAUUAUACCGUGAGGAUGCCCCAGAUUUUUUCCUCUUUUGUUGACCAAAUACUGAUUGCUGUUCCCUCCCUGGUUAACAUCCUUACAGCCAGUCCAACGUGCGCCUCCGACUAUGGAUAUGGAUGAGGAAACCCAGCUGAAGCUAGCUCUGAGUCUGAGCAAGGAGGAGCACCAGCAGGUAGGCGCCUUUGUGGUCACCGGGGGUUCAGGGCAAGUAUAGACUCUCUGCCAGCUGGAUUGUACUAAAGGGAACACAUUUUUAAACCUUAACUAGAGGAGGAUAGCAGCUUCAUUUUUCAACACACCUGCAAGUGUUGCCGGUGUUGUCUUUGUCUCUUGGUUGCGGCUACAGAAGGUACUGUUCUCCCAGGCUACCAGCGUCAAUUUACCAAAAUGUUAGCCUGAGAGAACUGCAGCAAAAGUAGCUUGGAUUUGUAGCUAAAUGGGUUUUUAAAGCUUGAUUUACUCCCAUGACUCGCUCAGGCAACAGGCUUCCAACUCAACCUGACUUUGUCUGAACUUUUUCCUGCUAGCUCCCCUAAUAAAAUCCCUUGAAGUUGGAGUGAGCCAUAGCUGUCAAGUAUCCCAUAUUUUAUACCGUAUUUUACUCCUCUUUCCCGCUGUCUUCCUGUAUUAGUAUUGUCCUGUAAAUCUCCCGUAUUAUAAAAUAUGUAUGUAAAAAAAUUGUUAUUCUGCCUCUCCAAACUGAACUCUGUCACUAAUGCGCGUUAAGUACCCACCAACUAGUAGUAGCGAAUCGGUGCAGCUCGAAUAUGCCACUAACGUUUCAGUGUGACUGAAUGUCCCGAAUUUCAUGUUUUAUAAUGUUUGUAACAGUUCAUGGAUGCAUCCUGAAAUUUUCUGGAGAAUUCCCAAACAGCCUGCCUGCUGAAAUGAUCCAAAGCUGCUUAUUCACACAUGCCCCUUGCAGUAGUUUUUCAAAGCCAGGCGUGAACUGGAGCCAACAAAAACAAUCAAACCAUCCCAUUUGGGUACAAAAGUGUUUAAUUUAUGCAAAAGGGACACUUUAACUUAAAGCAUCAGCAGGCAUGCACAACAUUAAAAAGUUUUUGUGUUUCAUUUUGUGGAGUAGGGUUGUGGAACAGAUUAGAUGUGGAGCUCAAGUAAAUCAAAGCAUGAGCGAGUUUAGGAAGCGGUACAAAAACAUGGUUCUCACCAGGGUGUCACCAUCGGGUGUUUUCGUAAAUAUGGACAUGUCACAUAUACUUAUUUACUCUGUUUAUGUUGUUUUUUUGUCAUUAUCAUGUAAAAUUAUUGGAGACUGACUGUUUAUGGAGUAGAGGAUAAAGGGGUAGUUUUAAAAAAAAAAACAUAAUGCUUCAUCCUGCUCCUUUUCGGACAUGUUGGGUUCACAUUAUUAUUAGUAGUAUUUUUAUUUUUUUGCUUUGAUUAUUGUUAUUGUUGUUUUGAAUAUUCUCAUUGGUUUUGUUUGUUUUUAGUUUACUUCCUUCAGUUGCACGCACACGUUCGAAAAAAUAAAUAAAUAAAGCAGAUAUAUGUUAUACAAAGGCAACUAUCAGUGCAGUACGAUCAAUCCCUCUUGGUUUUAUACUCUUUACAUAUUAGACUAAAAAAUGUUCCCAUAACUGAGGCGUGAUGGUGCUUAUCAAAGCCGAAAAGGACCGGUCAGUGUUUUCAUAAGCUGAAGAAUAACUGGGUCAAACUUUUCCGGACUUCUCCAGACUUUUUCAGCACAAUAACCCCAAACUGUACACAUCUUUAUCCACAUCUCUAAUUUGUCUACUCAAACUUUGCCUAAAGUGCAAGCUAGCCAAGAAACUGUGGUACAAAGAGCAAAAAUAGUCACGUAAAAUAUGAAUGCUGUGAAUGUUUGGGGCAAGGAAACAUUUUUUCUGGGUUUUGGCUGACUCAGAUAUUCACUCAUAUUUAUUCAAGCAGAGCGUUUUACUGGAGAAAUGCAGCAGAGCGAGGUGGAGGCUGUGGCUUAUUGUAUCACCGGUCUAUAAUCAUUUGUACUUAGUUACAAAAAACUCCAACUCUGCAUAAUCACAAAAAUCAGUCAGGGGUCUUGUAAUCUGCGAUAAAAUGCAAGAAAGCCACAAAGGCAUUUCAGCUUAAUUUAAAUAUUGUUAUGUGUUUGAGUUCAUUAAUUCUCUAUUGUAGAAAUCUGUUUAUAAUUACAGACUAUAAAAUGUUAAAUUACACCCUGUUGUUCGCUUUGUUUUGACAUAUCUGGCAACCUUUUUACCCCUGUCUCGUCCCUCCUCGGCCGAGAAACUCUCUGGUUUGUACCCAUUGAACUCAUCCAUCUCAGGGUCAUAUGUUCCUUGGGAAAAUCACCAGCUGGCAUUUGUGUUAGUGUGCGGUAGCUGAGUCAUAAAUAUAGUAUGACGGGACAAUAUGUGAUUUUUGCUGAAAGCUGUUAUGCCUACAGGCGUCCAUGUGUCUGUUUCUGUUGACAGGAGCAGCUCAGUCGCCAAGGAGACGAGUCGAUGCUUCAGAAGGCACUGGAGGAGAGCAAACGUGAGAUGGAGACUAAAGGCGGGGUAUGAAAUAGCUGGGUGUGGAAUAUCUCAGUGGGGGUGAUAAGAUGUAUUUCCACUUUAUAGCCGACAUUUAGUUUGUCCUGUUUAAAGAACGACUCAAGCACUAAAGUAUAAAAAAAUCACAACUAGAGAACUUUCUGUAAGGGCUGACACAAUAUCGUAAACUCAAACUUUUUUUUGUUUAUUUUGUCAGACCGCCUUCAUGGACCUAGUGGAUGUUUUCGCAGUGCCCGCAGAUCAGCCUCCAGUUGAACACAGGUGGAAUAACAGCUCACACCAGGCAGCUGCUCGUCUGGGGGGGACAGACCCCUGGGAUUCUCUGGGUGAGCUUACAGUGACCAAAACCGGAUUUCUGUUCUUUAAGGACACGAGUGAUUCAUCCACGGCAUCCUUUAUUCCUCAAAAUAAACAUAAAGUCCACUAAAGUCCUCUGUGUUUUUAAAGAGGGUAGCGCCUCCGGAGUGGAUCCUCCCUGGAUGGCACCGCCACCCUCCAACAGUCCUCCCCCUCCAUGGGAGCCCCCAGCUGACCCCUGGGAUGACCCACAGAACAGCGUCUCCAACCCCAAUGCUGCAGAUCGAGUGUGGGCUUUUCCGUCUAACACAGGUCAGUCUCGGGGCGCACAUAUGCUCUCCACAAAUCCACAAAAUGGAAGCAGAAGAAUCCUCAUACAUAUUUAAAACAUGUUACUUCAUGAAAUCAAAUUCUGUGUUUAAAGCUGCCUCAGGAGUUGAUCCGUUCUCAGCCCCAUCAGACAGACCGGCACUCAGAGGAGCUGCUAGAGAGCCCCCUCCCAGAACAGGAAGCCCCUCAGGUAAACAAAAUAUUUCUAUGCUGUCAACAACCAUGACCCCGGGGCGUUAUGUAUUUAGCUUGUGCAUCCGUCCGUCCAAUUGUUAUGAAUGCAGUGUCUCAGAAACCAGGAGGGGAAUAUCUUCAAAAAUAACACAGAUUUCUACCUGCACUCGAGGUUUAAGUCACCGUGAUCUCUAAAGAAAUGUUAUUGCUCGAGGAUUCACUAAUCAGGGCACAAUUUCACACAAGUAAAAAAAAAAUCUGAAGUCAGCCAAAAUGUCAAACGGCCAUUCUUCUCAUCUAGUUCCAUUCGCUUUGCCAAAACAUCCAUGCAGACACAACAAUGAAGUGAUUAAAUAUUUUUCCUGUUUGACAAAAAAAAAAACAUUAACAGUCAAUUACUGGAAAAAUCUCCGCUUACUCUUUUCCUUUCAUACUUAUUCAUCCUGUUAUUGUAAGAACUGUCUACCUACAAUCACACAGUCUGCAGAGAGACAUGAAGAGUGAGGCGGUAAUGCUGUCUGGUACAGCGUUCCUGCUGUAUUGAUUUAUGUGCAACCUCUCUGGUAUAAAACACCGGCUGACUUACAGUAUGUAGGUAUUAUAUUUUCCAGGGUAUUGUAUUUUUUAAACCAUCAUUCUGUGGGAAACAAAAAGCUGGAUGUAAACUGCACCAUCACAGAUCAGAGGGGGCCUACAACUGAGAGGCUGUGAUUUGUGUUCAUUCUCACCUUUCUCUGUUAGAUGGAGAUCUAUUCGAUGAGGCCAUGGAUGGGGGUCAGGUGAAUGUAAAUGGGAGAGGGGAGGGUAGUCCUGAACUCUUUGACCUGUCCCGUCUCGGAGAAAGCCUGGCUGCCCCCAGCCCUCGCACAUGUAGGACACCUGAGAGCUUCCUGGGCCCUACAGCUGCUUCCUUGGUGAACCUGGACAUCUUGAUCCCAACGAAUCCUCCAGCCAAGAACAAGAACCCCUUUCUAUCAGGUAUUCAUUAGUUGAAGAUGCAAUUUUAGUUUUAUUGUUGGGCAGAUCCAUAGGAAAUAGGUUGAGAUUUUUGCAUGUUGAAGCCCCUUAAUUAAAAAUUCUCUGAACUGGACAGUUUCCAGAAAAGUCACCACUUAAAACUGCAGUGCAAAAGUGAUUAGCAAAUAUGAUUUGACUCUGUUUAUUUAGUCAGAGAAAAUGAUGAAAACUGUUGAAAUCACUUGUUGAGACAAACUGAAUUGUUUUUCUUUCCACCCAGGUCUGACUGCUCCCUCAGCCACCAAUCCAUUCCAAACUGAGCAACCCAAACUAAGUCUGAAUCAGCUGGGUGCGGGCUCCAUUCCUGCAGCUCCCAACACUUCACUCCCAUACAGUGCCUCCUUGCCCCUGCCUAUGAGCCACCAGCCUGCUAGCCUCCCCUCAUCACUCACUCACCCCACCCAGCCUGGUCUGGAGCUGCCAGGGACCCUCCCCGAGCCCUUGUUGCCCUUCUCUUCUGCCAGCGCUGAGGGGUCACUGGCUGCACAGAACAGUCAAAACCCUUUCUUAUGAGGACCAAGGAAACUGAAAUAAAAAAACUUAGAUUAGGGGGAAUGCCUUCAGGUUAUGCUCUUGAAAUGUAAUUCUUACUAAGGGGCCAAACUGCAGACUCGAGGACCUUUGUGAAAGCUCUUUUCUUAGUUUUUUUAUAUUGUGGUAUAAUACAAUAACCCUUAGAUUGAUACAAGCUGGUUCUGCCCCUCACUGCAACAAUCUGCCCUGCUCCUUAUGUCAUGAAUGCAGUAUUUAAAAAAGGGAUGACACUUUUGAAUCAGAAAGAAUCAGUGUCAAAAAAACACUCUUGAAGGCCAUAGCACAUUGUCAAUUGACUUCAGAUAAAAACUCACCUAAAAGCACAGUUUGAUAACAUUUUAUCACUUGAUUGCCAGGAAAUAUAUUACCGCUUUUAAACUCAUCACCAAGUCUUCUGCUCACUCAGCUGUUUCUGUGAUUGGCUUAGCUGCCCACUGCUACUGUCAUAUACUCCAGCACCAGAAAAAAAUGGACUUCUGAGAAGAUAUAAGAGUUCGAAACCUGUCCAGUUCUUCAAGUGUUGCUGUGAAAAGUGAAAUCUGUGGGGCUUCUGAUGGACCAGAUCUGAUAAAAGUCAUCCUUGCACAAAUGAUUUUACCAAACCGAAGUGAAACUCCAGAGUUAACUGAAUGAAAUUAGAAUUUUGGAGGACUGUGCUUCUGAAUUUACAAUAAUCAAGGCAUUAGAAAUGUAUGAAUCAAGAGUUUUACUCAUUGCUUGUGAACCACUGACUCUCAUCAAAUAUAAGGGUAUAAUAAGCCUUGUGCUCCGACUGGUUUUACUGUUGUGUAUUUUCUCAUUUUCUCUCAUAUCAAUACCAUUUAAAUGAAGUCAUCACAACUGAGGCACACACCCAAUGACAGUCACAGUGUUUGUUUUGCUCCUGAUGCCCCCUCAUGGCAAUGACGCAUUACUACACUGCUUCACAAACUGCAUUAGUCAGUCUGAAAAAACAAUGUGACCCUCCCACUUUGGUUGUUAUUAAAACUAAAGUAAGUGCGUGA